CUGAUCGUGCAUGAGCCAUUGAGCUGUUGAUCUGUCCUUGAUCGUCGAGUCCUAGACCGACCUCGUUAGAGUCGCAUCGCGUCGCUAGGAUCUUCGAUCCUCAGCUCUUCCUGACUGACCGCAGUCACCGCUCCUCUGAAAUCGCCACCUCGUUGCCGUCGCGACUGCUCCUUGCCAGCCGGCUAGUCGCUCUCGUCUAGUAGUCGCGUCGCGGUCCGUCAGUCGCUGCCUGCUUCCAGGCAGCCAUGGUGUCCGCGCUCGUCUCCUCCCACCCUUGCCGCCCAGCCAUAUGCAGCGCCAGCUGUCACCCCGUUGACACGUGCGACGCGGUUUCUCAAACCAGGCCAUCGUCGCCAGCCUCCUGGUCAGCGGCGCCACUUGGCAGCAGCCGAUUGGUUCUGCGAAAAUCCAACUUGCCGUUUGGCAAAGGCGCUGGCGAACGAUCUAUUCCGGCCCGAUCCUUGUCGCAACGCGCGCGAUCGUCCCUUUCUUCUCCAGGCCAACCAAGACGGCAGCCGUUUGCCAGCAGUAGCAGCGGCAGCGGCGGCAGUAUGAGCGAGCCCCUCUCAAGCCCGCUGAUCGCGGCCGCCAGCAGCAGCGGUGGCGUUGCUGGCCCGUCCAGUGCCGAUACCACAGCCGCGCUAACCGGGAGGAAUGGGGGGAACGGCGGGGCGCGCGCGCUGCAGAUAGCGGCGGUGGCGGCAGCCGCGGUGGUGGCGGCGGCGGUGGGAGCGACGGCGUGGGCGGGCGGGCCGUCCAGCAUCAUAUCCGUGUUCGCCAAGUCGGGGUUCACUGCCGCUUUCUCCCUCAUCUUCGUGUCCGAGAUCGGCGAUAAGACGUUCUUCAUCGCGGCGCUGCUGGCAAUGCGCCACUCCAAGCUGCUCGUGCUGUGCGGGGCGGUGUCAGCGCUGGGCAUCAUGUCCGCCAUCUCUGCGGGCAUCGGCCGCCUCUUCCGGGAAGUGCCCGCCCAGCUGCAAACCUCCAUCCCGGUGGGCGAGUACCUGGCGUGCGCGCUGCUGGUGUGGUUCGGCAUCAAGUCAAUUCAGUCCGCUCUCAAGAUGCCCGCCACGCCCAUCGGCGCUGCUGCUCCUGCUGCCGCUGCCGCUGCUGCUGGGGGGACGGCGGGAGCAGGGGCAGCGGAGGGGGACGAGGAGGAGGGCGAGUUGGCCGAGGCGAGGGAGUUUGUGGAGAAGGCCGAGGCGGAGAAGCCAGUGGCCACAACCCUUGAAGUCUUCUGGGAGGCCUUCUCGCUCAUCUUCCUUGCUGAAUGGGGCGACCGGUCCAUGCUCGCUACCAUUGCUCUUGGAGCUGCGCAGAACCCUGUGGGCGUGGCACUGGGCGCCACGGUGGGUCAUCUGCUAGCCACAGGCCUGGCAGUCAUAGGAGGCGCGCUGCUCUCCAAGCACAUCUCCGAGCGCUUCGUGGGCAUAGCUGGUGGGGUCCUCUUCUUUAUCUUUGCAGCUGCCACUAUCUUUGGUGUCUUCUAAAGAGUGCAGUGCAGCGCUCAGCUCACCCUCUCUCGUUGGUUAGAAUCCACCAAUUGCUGGCGUUUUGAUCCACAAGACAUAAGUGCUACGGUAUGCUCCGUGUAUUGACUGCAAGCACAGCACUGGUGUUCCACUGACAGACAGCCAUGCAUGCAUGGGGCACCAUGGGUGCUGGUCCCAUUGGUGCUGCUGAUCUUGAUUCUGCAGCUGCUAGCAGCUGCUGCUGCCCAAGGCUAGAUGGCUUGAGCAUGUUUGCUGUUAGUGCACCCAUCACAUGCAAGUGUAUGUUACAGACCACGGCUGUCGUUAUCAGGGUAUUUUACCCUGAUUCCCUGAUUUCAUAAGGUAUUUUUUUGGCCAACCCUUAAUUUUCAGGGUUGGGUUUUUUUGAACCCUAACCUCUUCAGGGUUGUAUGUUUGUGAACACU